AUGAAAGGUAAAAGAGGGAGGUCAAAAACUCAAAAGAUUUGUAUGUCCUCGGACCAGUCUAAUAGUCCCGUGUAUGAACAUCAUUCUAGCCAACAGAACAGCGAUAUUGAUAACGAUAAUUCGAUUCCCAACUAUUACUUGGAAGCAAACUUGGCUAAUAAUAGAACACCCAGGUUUGAGUGUACGGAUAUAGAUAAAAAUGAUGUUCCCAUUCAAACUCCAGGUAGUAAUAGACGAUUACAUCGAAUCAAAUCAUUAAAUAAAGUCGAUAUUCGUUCACCUAUUGUACCUCGAAAUUCUGUAUUAACUCCUGGAAGUUAUAACUUUGGUCUAGAUAGGACACAUAGUGCAGACGUAUACCGCAGUACUCAUACGGAACUGUCGUCCUUAAACACGUCUAGAACUAAUCCUACAUUGGCGUCAAGACUAUUAAGUAGCAUUCCUGAUAAGUUAUAUGCUAUGCGCGACUAUUAUAAUGAUUUUACUACUAUAGACUGGGCUAAGGCUUUUACGCUCACCAACAGAUUCAAUUAUGAAUUGCAUCAUAACAAGUGGAUAGUAGAUAAUCCGUCAAAUUCUGAAGAACAGGAAUGUAUCAACAUUCCCUUUUAUUACAAGACGUACUUGGUAUUGGGCAAAUGGAUCCUUAUAGUUCUUAUCGGAUUCUUGUUUUCGCUAAUUGCAUAUCUGAUUGAUAAAAUAGAGAUAUUGUUAGUGGGUUUAAAGCAUGGAUAUUGUCGAUCUAAUUGGUUUGCAAGUCAAGUUUCUUGUUGUGUUAAUUCAGAACCUCAUAUUCCUUCUCCACCGAACAAUACAAUAGCGAUGAAUAUCUUCAAGUCUGGGUAUGUCUUCAAUACAAAAAAUAAUAAGAAAGAAGGGAGCAUGCAAUGUCCUGAUUGGAUUUCUUGGUCCACUCUAUUUGAAAGUCAUCCUUACGAAAAAUUAAGGUUUGAUUUUGUUAUAUAUGUUGUGCUAACAUUAGUCCUUGCAUAUUUAGCCUGUGUUAUUACUCUAUCUACCAAAAUCACCAGUCGGUUAUCGGUAGCAUCAAGUAAAAGGAAUAAAAUGAAUCUUGGUGAGGGUUUGGCUAAUUUGCUGGAGCCAAAUAGCUAUAUUCAAAGAAAAGAGAGUGAUGAUGAGUAUUCGUACGAUAAAGACGAAGACGCCAGUGGUUCUGCAAGAGUUAUGUAUACUGCUUGUGGAUCAGGGGUACCUGAAGUUAAAACUAUAUUAUCUGGAUUUGUUAUACGUAGAUUUUUAGGUACCUAUACUCUAUUUGCGAAAACAAUAGCAUUAAUUUUUGCAAUAGCUUCGGGUAUGGCAUUAGGUAAAGAAGGCCCAUAUGUACAUUUGGCUACAGCAGUCGGUAACAUAAUGUCCAGAUUUUUUCCUUACAUUAAUAAUAAUGAUUUCAUGAAAAAACAAAUUCUAUCUGCAAGUGCUUCUUCGGGAGUAGCAUUGGCAUUUGGUUCACCGCUAGGAGGAGUCUUGUUUAUAUUGGAAGAGAUAAAUCAUUAUCUUCCUUCUCAUCAACUAUUCCAAAUCUUUUUUUGCGCUAUAAUAUCAACCUUAUUUUUAAAAUUUCUUAAUCCAUAUGGAACUGGCAAUACGGUUUUGUUUGAAUUGAAAUAUGUUUCUGAUUGGAAUGCGGUUGAAUUAAUAUUUUUCAUUAUUAUUGGAAUAUCAGGAGGUAUAUUUGGAGGGCUUUUUGUGCGUUUUGUUGGAUGGUGGCCAAAACAAUUCCGUGAGUUGAAGAUGAUAAAGAACCAUCCAAUUGUCGAGGUCUUUUUCAUUUCUCUCUUAACUGGUCUUAUCACAUUCUGGAAUCCAUAUACUAAACAAGCUUCGUCUGAAUUGGUUCUUGACUUGGCCACUUCUUGUAAUUCACAAGGGUUAGAUCAAUCAUUAUGCCCUGUUACUCAUGAACAAUUUGUAAAAGAAUUGGGUUCAUUACUUUUCGCAUUAGUUGUUAAAGUAAUUCUUACUUGUCUUACAUUUGGUUUAAAGCUUCCUUGUGGUAUAUAUGUCCCCUCGAUGGUUGUUGGUGCGUUGUACGGACGUACGUUUGCUAUGUUUGUUCAAUGGUCGAAUUAUAAGUACAAUUUAAAUUUGGGUGAUCAAGAAGUAAAUGCCUUUUCUACAUCUGUAAUGAGGUUCAUAUGUUCUCCUGAUUCCUCAAAUAAUGAAUGUGUGGACCUUGGUAUAUAUUCAAUGAUAAGUGCAGGUGCCUUUAUGGCAGGUAUAACCCGAAUGAAUAUCACGCUAGUUACAAUAUUGUUUGAAUUGACAAGCUCGUAUACCUAUGUUUUACCUAUUUCAAUUUCGAUUGCAGUUGCAAAUUGGCUGGGUAGUUUGGUAGAAAAGAAUUCGUUAUAUGAAUCUUUAUUGGUUCUGAACGAUUAUCCUUUUAUGUCACCCGAAACAGAAGCUUUAGACCCAUUCGUCACCGCAGGUGAAAUUAUUACUGAAAUAGAUUCUUAUGAUCAGGAUAUUGAUGAAGAACAUACCUAUAUUCGUCGCCGCUCAAGAGUAGUAAAUGAUACAGCUAGUAAUAAGGUAUACUCGACAAAGCGCCCACCAUUCCAUGCUAAUAAGCUCACUAAUUUUGAUUCUUUAGAAUCAAAUGAAUAUUCUACUGCUCGUAAUUGUGAGAAGUUAUACAUUGAUAUCAGUGCAUCUCCGUAUGUUGCAGCAUCAUUGCUUCAAUCGAAAUUAAUUCUAUUAGCAGAUAAAUUAUUGCUUGAUGGAUGUAUCCCAUUAAUAAAGAAUGAGGUGUGUGUUGGGCUUAUUUAUUUUUCCGAAUUAGAGUAUUGCUUGGACAAAUUAAAGGAAUUUUGUUUAAAGUAUGAAAUAAUGGACGAUAUCUUUUGUAAAUUACUAGAUGAAGUUCAAUAUCCGAUAAGCGAGAAUAUAAUAAACCCACUAAAUCAUAAUUUGAGAAUUGUGAGAAAUAUAAGCGACACUCCUUCGUUACAGCUGUCAGAUGGUGAUUAUUUUAAUUAUGGAGCUACAGCGGAUAACUUCGUAAAUAACGAUUCAAACUGGGAAAAUCUACAAAGUGAUUUAUUCGAUUUAUCGAACUUAAUUAGGCAUGUUGAUUAUUCUCCUAUUUUUUUGAAUUAUGAUUCGGAGCUAAGCUUAGCGCAUUUGAUUUUCGAUAAAAUUGGUAAUAGAGUAAUUGUAUUAUUGAAAGAAGGUAGAUACUAUGGGUUAUUACAGAAAAAAGUGCUUAUUGACUAUUGUAGAAGAGAGGAAUCUAAAUAA